AUGUCAUCUGUCAAUACUACGAUCGAUCAGAUUAAUGCAGCAAGUGCUGGUAUGGUAGUAUUUCUAUCUGUUAUCAAUUUUGUACCGGGUUUAAUUGGCGUUGUGUUUAAUCUCAUCGUUUUUACUCGACCAAUAUUACGUCAAGAACCAUGUUCAUUGUACUUUUUUGCAUCAACAUGCUUGGAUCUAUAUGUCAUAUUGAUCGUCAUACCAGUACGUAUAGUUUCCAAUGGUUAUAAUCUAGAUUGGGCUAAUUAUAAUAUUGCCGUCUGUAAAUUAGAAUUCUACGGUUUUCAUGUUCCACGAAGUAUAUCCUGUUGGAUCGUUCUGAUGGCUUGUAUUGAUCGAUAUUUGCAUAGUUCAAUAAAUAUACGUUUUCGUCGAUUUAGUUCAUUGAAAACAGCACGAAUAGCAAUUGGAAUCAUUACCAUUUUGAUGCCUCUCUUAUACAUUCAUAUGGUCAUUUUCUUCACUAUAUACAAUGGUAGAGAUCCAUAUGGUAAUGUAAUUCCAAUUUGCAAUGGUCAGAAAGGUUUCUAA